AUGAACCUAGUGCAAACGAAGCUCCGCAACCGGUUAAACGAUGAAUCCGCAAACAUGCCCCUCUUCAUCCGCAUCAACGAGAUAGCCCUUCGACGGCGCGAAACGAUCGAUCGGCGCGCGACAAUGGCACAGGACGAUCGCGACAGAGAGAUCGCGCAGGAACAGGAGGAACAACACGAACAGGGCAUUGCGGCGGAGGACCUAGUUACAGCAAUUAUCUUUUAUAGAAUCUACGCCCAGUCCUGCCGCCUACCUGUCUCUGCCGCCAUUAAUGGCCUAUCCACAGGCGCAGUUGCCACUGCAGAUAGGCAAUCAGGUAGGGCCCUAUUCUCAAGGUCUCUCAGGGGGCUAUUGGCCGUGAAACCAAGGAAGUUCUCCUACCUUCUGAAGGGUCAACUACGAACUAGUUUGCUUGGGAAACGCUAA